GAUUACUAGUGUACAAGGGGACCUGUAUAUCUUACAGAUUACUAGUGUACAAGGGGACCUGUACAUCUUACAGAUUUUUAAACCUGGAACAAAACAGGAUUGUUCACAUUACAAGUAUGAAUUGCUUAGUAUCACUUUACCACAGUGUGUGUCAGGCCUUGAUGUCAGUAUUACUAUGUUAGUAUAUAGGUCCCUGGUAUCACUUUACCGCAGUGUGUGUCAGGCCUUGAUGUCAGUAUUACUAUGUUAGUAUCUAGGUCCCUGGUAUUACUUUACCACAGUGUGUGUCAGGCCUUGAUGUCAGUAUUACUAUGUUAGUAUAUAGGUCCCUGGUAUCACUUUACCACAGUGUGUGUCAGGCCUUGAUGUCAGUAUUUACUAAGGCAGAGCUUACAGUCAUGAAAUGUUUACUCAAAGUUUUCUGUAGAAAGCCUGAAGUUCUGGUUUAGGCACCCACAUAGUUUGCAUAUGUUUGAUAUUUAUUUCUUCAUUCAUUGAAAUCUGUACAUGUGUAUGAAUGACAGGGCACCUGCUACAUUCCUGGGUCUGAUGAUAAAGCUGGAGGGGGGUGGGGGCGGCUUGAUAUGCUUCAGUAAUCCCUAUAGGUUCUAUAUAUAGUUCUAUCAGACAUUAUUUAUUCAGUAGAGUAUAUAAACAUAAGAAAUGUGUAUUUGUAUACACAGGAUUAUGUAUUAGCAUUACAACUGAAUGUGAUAAACUAAGUACAUGUGUAUAUUAUUGCUGGGUGUGUCGUUGCAAGCCCUACAUGUUUUCGAUGAAUUGAUAGUCUUGCAUUAUAUUUACAUUUAAUUGUUGUGGACAAAUAGUAUACAUUCAAGUAUUACAGUGCAGGCACAAUUUUUUGUAUCAUGUAUACACACAAUGGCAUGUAUAUGAGUAAAGAAUAAAAUGUGGAUAUUAGAUUUCAAAUGUGAUUUGAGCAACUACAUGCCUACUGAGAAUAUAAGUUUUUGACUUCGUUCCUUUGAGGAGGAGUCCGUUUGAUUCAGAAAUAUGUGUAGUUUAUGCUUGAAGCUACCUGAAUAGCUCCUCACACUAAUAUUUAUAUUGUACACUGAAGUUCCGCAUGGUAAAUCAUUGGGCGUGGGUUUUGAUUUUGUUUGAGUAGACCAUCUCCACACAAAUUUAUCCUUAUCACUGUGGAUUUAUAAAUUACACAUGUAAGCUGUGACUCAGCCUUCCUGACAUACAGGGUACCACUGCAUAUUAUGUAAAAAGUGCUCCAGGAAUUAAGUUUACACUCGGCUGAAGAGGAGAUCUACAUGCCAUUUGUGUAAGAUCACUAGAAGUAUCUAGGAUGGAUGGACAUUCAGGUGUGACAGAAGUGGCACCAGGUGGGCCCGAGCCCCAUGUGUAUCCCACAUUGCCUGAUCAAAACCCCACCCCCAUAGGGUUUGAAGGUCAAGUUCAAGAAGAGUUAAAAGAACAGCAAGGAGAGGAUAACUCUGUGACAGUUAACAUGGAUUCUCCUCAGGUUGAAAGGGAAGAUGAGGAGGACAUCACAAAAGACACUGCCAGCUUACUGGCAGAGGAAGAUAUGGAAGGCGGUGAAAUUGUGGAGAAGGAGGAGGCGAUGUCAUUGAUUGACAAAUAUGCUCAGCAGAUGGUAAAUGAGAAGGCCACUCUGUUCUUUAGAGAUGGGGUAAAGAAGAUUGAUUACAUACUGGCCUACGAACCAGACGAUGAUCCAAAGAAAGAAGAAAGACGAAGAACAUUUCAGAAGAAUCUGGUGGAGGAGGGCUUAGAACUGGAACAUGAGGGAAAAGAGACAUCCAAGAAUGGGAAAACGUGCUUUGUUAAAGUCCACGUCCCCUGGUUGACGCUGACAAGAUAUGCGGAGCUCCUCAAUAUGAAGAUGCCACUAGCGGAGAAUGACAUGGAGACACAGCUGGAGAGCUGCUUUGACAAUUGUUGGAGUAUGUUUCCUUCACCUUUUGAGUUGGACACCGAUGUUUUACCCGAUGAACCAAAUUACUUCACUGCACCUUUCAACAGGUCCCGCAUGGACCAAUGUGUGGGUGUCGUUUGGGACGGAAAAGAGUUUGUAAUUAAGGAUAAGGAUACCUUCUUCACAAAUGCUCAGAGGAGCAAGAUCUGCCAUGAGAUUCUUUCCCGUGCUCACUUCACAGAGACAGAUGAGGAAGAGGACAAACUCAAAAAGAAGUUUGGAGUCAGAAAACUGGUAGACAGUGUCACAUACACAGCUGCCUACCCAUUACACGAUGGACGAUACAAAAGUGAACACUCCCUGCUGACUGUGGGCAAGGACAACGAUAGACAUUUGCUGUAUGAACUGUGGGCUAGACCAGGACGAUGGUACAAGUAUCAACCGCUGGACCAAAUCAGGAACUACUUUGGUGAGAAGAUUGGGAUCUACUUCACUUGGUUGGGAUUUUACACCGCUAUGUUGAUUCCAACCGCCAUUACUGGGGUGGUGGUCUUCCUCUUUGGAGUGGGAACUUUAAUGGGAGAUACCCCCAGUUCGGAGAUUUGUGAUGAUCCGGUCAUCAGUAACUACACCAUGUGUCCGAUGUGUGACCGCCGCUGCUCCUACUGGCGCCUGGCAGACAGCUGUACUUACUCCAAAGCCACCUACCUGUUUGAUAAUCCUGCUACUGUUGCCUUUGCCAUCAUUAUGGCUCUGUGGGCUUCUUUUUUCCAUGAAUUCUGGAAGCGGAAACAAGCUGAGAUCGAGUAUGAAUGGGAUGUGGCCGAUUUUGAGGAUGGGGAGGAAACAGUUCGCCCUGAGUAUGAAGCCAGCGUCGGUCGUCGACGAACUAAUCCUGUGACCAAUGUAGAGGAGCCGUAUGUCCCACAGUGGAGCAAGUGUUUCCGCUAUUUCACCAGCAUCAGCAUUCUGGUUUUCUUCCUGGCCCUGGUUUUAGCCGCCGUCUUCUCGGUCAUACUGUACCGCAUCGUCAUGUCGGCCAUAUUGUAUGGAAACUCGGAAGACAUCAUCAAAACCCGGGCAAGCUUUAUCUCCUCCAUAACGGCAGCCUGUAUCAACUUGGUCAUCAUCAUCAUACUCAACUUUUUCUACCAGAAGGUGGCUUUUUUUCUGACAGAGCUGGAACAACACCGUACCCUGACUGAGUGGGAGGAUGCUUUCACUUUCAAGAUGUUCAUGUUUCAGUUUGUCAACUUCUACUCAUCCAUCUUCUACAUUGCCUUCUUCAAAGGGAAGUUUGUUGGAAGGCCGGGGGAUUAUAAUCGCAGUCUGCUGGACACAAGACAGGAGGAGUGUGACCCGUCAGGCUGUCUGAUUGAGCUGUGUAUUCAGCUGGGCAUUGUGAUGGUGGGAAAACAAAUUUUCAACAAUGUGAAGGAGAUCCUCAUACCGAAGCUGUUGGUGUGGUUCCGUUCACGUCAGUCACUGAAAGAAAAAUCGGAAGAGAAGGUGUACUCACGCUGGGAGCAGGACUAUAACCUGGCCAGCAUGCCCGCCCUGGGACUCUUUGAUGAAUACCUGGAAAUGGUGAUCCAGUACGGCUUUGUGACGAUUUUUGUGGCAGCCUUUCCUCUUGCGCCUCUGUUUGCUCUGAUUAACAACAUCAUAGAGAUCCGAGUGGAUUCCUAUAAGUUUACUACUCAGUGGAAGAGACCCCUGGCAGAGCGAGCUCAGGAUAUUGGUAUUUGGUUUGGAAUUUUGCGAGGGAUAUCAGCUAUAGCCGUGAUUUCCAAUGCUGCGAUUAUUGCGUUUACUUCUGAAUUCAUCCCUAAACUGGUGUACUACUACGGCUACAGUGGGAACCAGACACUGGCGGGGUACACCGAUUUCAGUCUCUCCGUCUUCAAGGUCCAGUACUUCCAGUCCAAGAGCAUACCAGACGACAAGAAAAUUGAUGUGUUUGGUAACGUCACCGAGUGCAGGUUUCGUGGGUACUUUGCAGAAAACAAAAAUGUUCCAGGGGAUUAUGAAUUUACGAUGGCAUACUGGCACAUCAUGGCUGCUAAACUGGCCUUUGUGGUUGUGUUUGAGAAUUUGGUAGUUUUCAGCACCUGGCUGGUGAUGUACUUAGUCCCAGAUAUGCCCUAUAAAGUCAAGUUACAGAUGUUACGAGAGAACUUCCUGUCCAAAGAAGCCCUGUAUAACGCUGAUACUAUUAAAAAGCAGCGGGAAAAACAGAUGGGGGCAGAAUCGUAAUCAAGCGGUGCAAUUUCAUCCUCAAAUAUUCACUCUUGUUAUUUAUAGUAUUGUACAUUAAUACAUGUAUAAAACAUUGUAAGCAUGAAGAAACAUAAAUGUUGGUACUCUGUGUAUAACGAGUGUAUUACGGAGAUGUUUAAAUACGCAAGUUUCCAGUUGUGAACUCUUCUGUUGGAGGUGCACUUGAUAGAACUUUGGACGCUGAAGUGAACCUACAUGUAGCCAAUGACAAAGACAAUAAACAAAUACAAAAUCAACUUCUUCUUAAAAUUAAAAAUAUUAAAAAUGAUGAAUUCAUAGAGGGAAUGCCAUUAACAUUUUAGUUAUUGCACCAAAUGAUGUGAUGUAAUGAACAUGUUAUGUGUAUUUGAUGCUUUUUCCACCCGGAAUAUGGAUCAAUUUAUAUGGGCUUUUUUUCCCAACCAAUUUCAAGUGAUUAAAUGAUGCGUACGAAACUUAUUGUUUACGUAUUUACACAUCUUUUAAUAAACAUUUUGUCUUCUUUCCACGCUACUACAGGGAGAUAACUGUGACGAAUUUCGAAACUUGUGUACGGUCUUCCGUUGAAUCUGCAGGGCUCAUUUUUACAAUCAUCUUUAAAAUGAAAAUAAUAUUUUGUUGAUAUAUUAAUGUUAUUUCUAUAUAAUUGUCAGAGAUAUUUGAUUUUUGGGGGGGUGGGGGGUGGUAUUUGUCAAAAUAGAGAUAAACUUUGUACACAUUAUUUUCUCUCCAAUUCAUUUUAUGAUUUGUACUUUUGUUGUUCCAUAUAUAAUUCUUUGAUUCAAGACUUUAUGUGACUUCUGAACAAACUCUGUGCCAAAUGAUGUUACUUUUUCUCUCCUCUGUGUUGCCUUUUGUGUCUUAAAAGUUCCCAUGAAUGUCUUGUAAUUGUGUUGUAGAUAAUGCGACUCAAUCUGAGAAUUUGCAUGAUCAGACAGAUUUAAGUACUAAAUUUCAGUUUCAGGAUAAACACAAUGUAUUGUUAGGGAGAAUAAGUCAGUAAUUUGGGAAAUUUUUAAUGACAACAGAAAGAAGAAAAAAACAUUAUGAAAGAAAUAUUUGCUGCUUUCAUAAAACUGCAUUGAAGAUAACACUCCAGGCUUCAUAAGGUAGAAAAUAUAAAAGUAUUAUUUGGCAAAGGCUGGACUUUCUAUUGUCAAAGAAAUUAGCUGGGCCUGGCAUAUUAUGUAUGUACAAAAUCAAACAAAUUCAAACUUUGUGGACAUUAUUUUGUCAUUAGUGAGUGUGUGCAUUCAUCCUCUGAACACUAUUUUAUUUAAGGGGAAUAUUACAUCAUCAUAAUGACCGACUUUCUUUUUGAAAUUUGAAUGAAAAUAUCAAUUUAUUUUCCUUUUACAUCUAGUUGCCCAGCUGAAUUGGUUUACGAGUCUACUGCUGAUCUGUAAUUCGUACAUUUGAGUCCAGCUGAAUAGGUUUACGAGCCGACUGCUGACCAUCUGUAGUUUGUACAUUCAAAUUUAGCUAGGGUUUUUAUUUUUUCCCCAGAUAAUUUAAUUUAUACUGAAAUUGUUUUUUUUUUUUUUACUAAAGAAAGUAAAUUCUCUACUUUUCAAUUUGAAAAUCCUCUACUCUCCAUCCAUAUUGGAUUUCUCUGGUGUGUUACUCCUCCUUAAAGCUCAUUUACAUAUGUAUAUGCUCAGUUAUCUGUAAAUACCUGUACAAAUACAAAGCUUAGUACAGAUGUCCACGACUGACGUGGAGUUGAAUAACUGUUACUAGUGCCUGCUUUAGACGUUUACAAUAUUUGUACUAGAGAUUCUGUUUGUGUACCCAUUUGGUUAGAUGUCUGUAUUUUGACAUUAUCUAUUUUGGCUUUGGUAUGUACUUUCUGAUGUGUAAUUACAAUGUACUUUAUGUAGAUAAGGGAUCUGUAAAUCAUCAAAUUGUCGUACCCAAUAUUCCACGAGUGAAAGAAUAAUUUAAUUGUUAUUUUACAAUAUCGGUACAUGCGUACGUAGUGUAGGGACUGUGCCCAGAUGUAACAGAAAAGCCAUUUCUCUUUAUGAAGCUGGAAAUUUAAAGUAUUGAAAAUCUGUUAAUUCAUUGUGCCUUAAUUAAUGAAUCUGUAUUAUUGAUAUUGCUGAAAGUUUGAAACUGCCAUUACAAAUUCUUGCACGUUUUUUUCCCCCUUGUAUAUGAAUUAGACAUUUGUGUAGCUUGUUACUCUAUCUUGUUAAUGCGGUGUGUACAUUUAUUUUACACCCCGAGAGGAAUGAUGUCAGAAGUUUAAUCAUCAAUCUGACCGAGAGGUAGAAAAGACAGUUCCUCUUUCAUUAAAUAAUUUCUUGUCUAAUUGCAAAAUAAUCUUCGUACAGUAGUACAGAUUUCAUGAUACAGAGAGCAAUGUCAAAUAAAAAGCUAAAAGGCUCUGCGAUUUACAUUUGUUCGUUAGUAUAAUUCAGAACUCGUCUAAGAAUUAUUUUAUGUAUGGUUUUAUACACGUGGUUUUUUUUGGGUUUUUUUUCGUUAGAAUGUUAUUUAUUGUAUUUCAAACUUUUGUAAUUAAGGCAAUAGGAUCUGUGUUAGAUACUUACAUGUAAAUUUAUCUUAUGUUGAUGUAUCUACAAUGAUAUAAUUCAAUAAAAAUACAACCUCC